ACAAUUUAAAAUUUGACUCCUGAUAUCUCGAAAGUCCUCUUUCGUUCGUCAACUUCCGCACCUUUCGCACUUGGUUGCAUCUUUUAAAAGUUCUUUAAAUCGAACCGGAUCUCUGCCAAAAGGAUGAUGCUGACUCUGGUUCUCCUUUCACUGAGUCUUUACGGAAGAUCCAAUGGCAACGUAUUCUCGGCGUUGGAAGCUGAGGGUAUCACCGAACCGGAGUUUCUUCCGGGACCGACCUUUGCGGGCACCGGCACAUCCCUUCUAGGAGCAACCCCUCUGGGAGGAGCCCUUACGGGGGGGCCUCCAAAGGGGGCACCUCCGACGGGGGAACUGCUCAACCGGAACGGCUGGACGGUCACGUGCGACAGCUCCCACGCGGGCAACGAGUGCGAAAAGGUGUUGGAUGGCGAUCGUAACUCCUUCUGGCACACCGAGUAUCGUCCGGCAUCGGCGCCUCUGCCCCACGCGAUCAUCAUCGACAUGAAGGCUGUCCAGAUCGUGAGCGGAAUCUCCAUGCUCCCCAGACAAGUUGGCAAUGGCAAUGGUUUGAUCACUGGACAUAUUGUUUCCGUCAGCGAGGAUGGGAUGAACUGGCAGCUCGUGGCGUUCGGCACUUGGGCUGCGGAUAAAACAGAAAAGGAAUCCGAAUUCGAACCCGUUAAAGCGCAGUAUAUCAGACUCGUGCAUACAUCAGAGCCUAAAAGCCAAGCGUACACGUCUAUAGCUGAGCUCAACGUGUACUCCGCCCCUUCGUACACCCCCCCGGACCCGAGCCUCGGGAUCUGGGGACCCACGAUCGACACCCCGGUCAUCCCCGUCGCAGCCUCCAUUCUGCCCAACGGCAACGUCCUCAUGUGGUCCUCCUGGGGGAAAGACACGUUCGUCGGAGGUCCGCUUACCCUCACGGCCACCGCCAUCUACAAUAUUAAGGAUGGGAUCGUCUCGCAGCGCACCAUCACCAAUACGAAGCAUGAUAUGUUCUGCCCUGGUAUUUCCAUCGACGUCAACGGAAGAGUCAUUGUCACAGGUGGAAAUAGCGCUCCUAGGACAAGUAUAUACGACCCAGCCUCUGACACUUGGAUCUCAGCCCCGGACAUGAAGAUAGGGCGAGGCUACCAAUCCUCAUGCACUUGUUCCAGCGGCCGAAUCUUCGAAUUGGGCGGAUCAUUCACCGGCGACAGAGCAGUCGACAAAAACGGGGAGAUCUACGACAUCAACACGAACACAUGGACUCUGCUCCCCGGGUGCCCCGUGAAGCCGAUACUAACAGCCGACAGGAGAGGCAUCUACCGCUCGGACAACCACGCCAUGUUGUUCGCCUGGAAGAACGACACGGUGCUCCAAGCCGGGCCGAGCAAGGCCAUGAACUGGUACACGGUGUCCGGCACGGGUAGUCACCACGGCGCCGGUAAGCGCGGCAACGACGAGGAUGCAAUGUGCGGUGUCGCCGUCAUGUUCGACGCCACCAAGGGCAAGAUCCUAGUCGCCGGUGGGUCACACAACUACGACGACACACCUGCCACGACCAACGGCUUCGUCCUCACCAUCAGGAAACCGAACCACAAAGUCCACGUCAGGAAGACAAGCAACAAGAUGUUCUUCCCGCGUAUCUUCGUCAACUCCGUGGUCCUCCCGAACGGGGAGGUCUUCAUCAACGGGGGUCAAACCGUCGGGUUGCCGUUCAGGGAGGACGGAGCCCACCUAACCUCCGAGAUCUACUCCCCCGACGAUGACCUCUUCCGGUUGGCGGCGUGGAGUAUCAUCCCUCGUGUCUACCACUCGCUUUGUCUCUUGAUGCAGGACGCCACCGUUAUCUGCGGAGGCGGCGGUCUCUGCGGAAACUGCAAGACGAACCACCUGAAUUUUCAGGUGUACACCCCAUCGUACUUGCUUAAUGCCGAUGGGAGCAGAGCAACGAGACCGGUUAUCACUAGCGUGUCCCGGACUGUGGUCAAACCUGGGAAGAGACUGUACUUGGUGACGGAUAGUGAGGUUGUCAUGGCGAGUCUUGUUCGUAUAGGUAGUGCCACGCACUCGACUAACACGGACCAAAGGCGUGUGCCUCUGGACCUGAACGAGUAUGAUGAGGGCGUGUAUUUCGUAGAGCUGCCGGCGGACUCUGGAAUCCUACUCCCGGGGUACUGGUUCUUAUUCGUCAUGAACAAGGACGGCGUUCCGAGUAUCGGAACUACAAUUCAAGUUACUUUACCUUAGAAUUAUAAUACUAAUUUCAUUUAUUUUCAAGGCGGUAAUGUGGGGGAUGCAUCUAUUUCGAUGAAAACCAGUUCCCGCAACUCCAAUUUGAUAAACGCAGUUUUGACCAAGGAAAAAUCGAUGAACAAGAAGUUUUCUUUCGAUUAUGAAUUUACUUUUAAAGCGAUUAUGAGAGUUAUGACAUCUUAUUGUGGCAUACGUUUUGACGACAUACUCAAAUUUGAGCUUAGAUAGUGGAUGACAAGCGCCAUUACAUCUUUCAAACUAGCUGAUACGGGCCUUUCUUUAAUCUUAAAAGUAUUACAAACGAAUCUAAAUAAAAUUGAUCUUCUCAUACUUA